GGCGCCCGCGGCUGGUCCAGCUGCCGCCGCACCAUGCCGGAGCCCACCUCCAGGCUGCCGCCGCACGCCGCGCGGGCCCCCGCAGGGGAGGAUGCCAGACGCCCGGGAGAGGCCAGGGCAGCAGUGGAGGCGGCGGCGCGAUGGUGGUGACCACCUCUGCCCGAGGCGGCGGGGACCGCGCGCCCUCCCGGCGGCCGGGCUGCGGGCUGGCGCCGGCCGGGGCCGCGGCGCUGCUGGCGGGGGCCAGCUGCCUAUGCUACGGCCGCUCCUUGCAGGGCGAGUUUGUGCACGACGACGUGUGGGCGAUCGUGAACAACCCCGAUGUGCGGCCGGGCGCCCCGCUCCGCUGGGGCAUCUUCACCAACGACUUCUGGGGCAAGGGCAUGGCCGAGAACACCAGCCACAAGUCCUACCGGCCGCUCUGCGUCCUCACCUUCAAGCUAAACAUAUUUUUGACUGGCAUGAACCCAUUCUACUUUCACGCAGUAAAUGUAAUUUUACACUGCUUAGUGACCCUCGUGCUGAUGUACACCUGUGAUAAAACCGUCUUCAAGAAUCGUGGACUUGCUUUUGUUACGGCAUUACUUUUUGCUGUGCAUCCUGUUCACACAGAGGCGGUGGCUGGGAUUGUUGGCAGAGCUGACGUGUUAGCGUGUCUCCUGUUCCUGUUGGCCUUCCUCUCCUACAAUAGGAGUCUGGAUCAGUGUUGUGCUGGGGAAUGUUUCCCUCCCACGGCUUCUCCCUCCUUCUUGCUGCUCAGUUUGUUUCUGGGGACCUGUGCCAUGCUGGUGAAAGAGACAGGAAUCACCGUGUUUGGAGUGUGCUUGGUUUAUGACCUCUUCUCCCUCUCCCACAAGCAAGACAUGACGAGCAACGGGGUCAUCCAUCAGCAUAGCCUACAGCAGCCUGGGAGCCCCCAGCCCUCCUCACUGCCAGCCCACUCCCACCGGGAGAACGGGAAACAGCGGUUCCCUCACAAAGGAGCGUGGGGUGGCUGCCAUUCCUCACUUACACCAGCACCCAAGAGCAGUGGAUUCCCGGUGUCACCGCGAGCUGUGUGGUCCCUGAUGAGGUAUCUGACAACAAGCAGCAAUAGAAAUUUCCUGCUUACCAUGAGACCAUUUUUAAAAAGGGCUGUUUUGGUCAUAAGUUACGUGAUUGUCAUUUUGUACUUCCGUCUGUGGAUAAUGGGAGGAUCCAUGCCCCUCUUUUCAGAGCAGGAUAAUCCAGCUUCAUUUUCGCCUUAUAUUCUUACAAGAUUCCUUACUUAUUCCUACCUCCUGGCCUUCAACGUGUGGCUUCUGCUUGCGCCUGUUACCCUGUGCUAUGACUGGCAGGUGGGCAGUAUUCCUCUGGUAGAGACCAUCUGGGACAUGAGGAACUUAGCCACUGUCCUUCUCGCAGUUGUGAUGGCCCUCUUGAGCCUGCACUGCCUAGCAGCCUUCAAGAGACUAGAGCACAAGGAAGUUUUAGUGGGCCUGUUGUUCCUGGUGUUCCCGUUCAUUCCAGCCAGCAACCUCUUCUUCAGGGUGGGUUUUGUGGUGGCCGAGAGAGUCCUUUACACGCCAAGCAUGGGCUACUGCAUCCUUUUUGUGCAUGGGUUGAGCAAGCUCUGCACUUGGCUAAAUCGAUGUGGGGCCACCACCCUGAUUGUGUCCACAGUGUUGCUGCUGUUGCUGUUCUCUUGGAAAACUGUGAAACAGAAUGAAAUUUGGCUGUCAAGAGAGUCCUUAUUCAGAUCUGGAGUUCAGACUCUGCCCCACAAUGCCAAGGUUCAUUACAACUAUGCCAACUUCCUGAAGGACCAAGGUCGGAACAGGGAAGCCAUCUACCACUACAGAACAGCCCUCAAAUUGUAUCCACGGCACGCAAGCGCCCUGAACAACCUUGGAACGCUGACGAGAGACACCGCAGAGGCAAAGAUGUACUAUCAGAGAGCUCUCCAGCUCCACCCGCAACACAACCGCGCUCUCUUCAAUCUUGGGAAUCUCCUUAAGUCCCAGGAGAAGAAAGAAGAAGCUAUCACUCUUCUGAAGGAUUCCAUUAAAUAUGGCCCAGAGUUUGCAGAUGCAUAUUCAAGCUUAGCUUCAUUAUUGGCUGAGCAGGAAAGAUUUAAGGAAGCUGAAGAAAUAUACCAGGCAGGAAUAAAGAACUGUCCAGACAGCUCAGAUUUACACAACAACUAUGGAGUUUUCUUAGUUGAUUCUGGCUCUCCAGAGAAAGCAGUGGCCCAUUACCAACAGGCCAUUAGACUCAGCCCAAGUCAUCACGUGGCCAUGGUGAACCUGGGCAGACUCUACCGGUCACUGGGGGAGAACAGCAUGGCCGAAGAAUGGUACAAACGUGCCCUGCAGGUGGCACGCAAAGCUGAGAUACUGUCGCCUCUGGGAGCACUGUAUUACAACACUGGCCGCUAUGAAGAGGCUUUGCAGAUUUACCGGGAAGCUGCAGCACUUCAGCCUUCACAGAGGGAGCUCCGCCUGGCACUGGCUCAGGUUUUGGCUGUAAUGGGUCAGAUGAAAGAAGCUGAGAAGAUGACCAGUCACAUUGUGUCAGAGGAGACUGGAUGCCUCGAAUGUUACCGCCUCUUGUCAGCGAUCUAUAGCAAGCAGGAGCACCAUGACAAGGCACUCGAUGCUAUAGACAAGGCUCUCCAACUGAAACCAAAGGACCCAAAAGUUGUAUCUGAACUUUUUUUCACAAAAGGAAACCAACUAAGAGAGCAGAACCUUCUUGACAAAGCUUUUGAGAGCUAUAAGGCAGCCGUGGCACUAAAUCCAGAUCAAGCACAGGCCUGGAUGAACAUGGGUGGAAUUCAGCACAUCAAGGGAAACUAUGUGUCUGCAAGAGCGUAUUAUGAGAGAGCUUUACAGCUGGUUCCAGACAGCAAACUGCUGAAGGAAAAUCUAGCCAAAUUGGAUCGCCUAGAAAAACGAUUACAGGAAGUUCGAGAAAAGGAUCAAACGUAGCACUGUUAAACCCAUCUCAUGGGACAAUGCUGGUGCCCCUGGAAGAGGACAAGUGAUGGGGACCUUGCUUUCACAUCCGCGGGGGCACAACCAGUCAUGCAUUCCUCUCAAGACUCUGAGUUUGGGGUGGCAGACCUUGGGGUGUCUGCUAGUAGCCCUGUGCUGAAGGACUUGCGUUUCCAUGAGGAAAAAGACAAAAUCAGCAAGCCAGGCAGGAUGAUCUGAGAGGAAAGGAAAACAGCAGCUACACAUUUUACAGAUUUUUGUUUGGUUUAACUCCCGAUUUCCCUUGAUACAUUUCUGUGCUUUUGCAACCUGGAGAUCUAAUUCACUUUCAUAGUUUAGACAUUCAUGUCCCCAGAAAUACAGAGGCUCGAAAUGCUAUAAAGGCCGAGCAUCCAUUCUUCAUGGGAUGAGCUAUUUCAAAGAGGAUAAAUCCUCUGGUGUAAGCCAUUUGGGAAAGUCUACCAAGUGGAAGCUCAGUUAAUUCUCCAGACCCUGAAAUGAGUAUGUAAUAGCUUUUGUAGAACCUUCUAGAAUAUAUGGGGAAAAGGGCUAUUGUUAAGUGAGCUUUAUCUAAUAUCCCCCUAAGGAUAUUACCAGAGAUAUUUUGAGGAGUAAAUUCAAUUCCACUCUGAGGCAAGUUUUUCCAUUGCCUAAUAUAUCAAAAGGGAAGCUUCUAGAGUUGUAUAUGGGUAUCUUUAUCCCUACAGGAAAAUCAAGGAAAAUGAUGCCCCUAAUUCUUUAUGGAAAUGUUUAAAAAUUAUUUUAAUUUUAUUACUAGAGUAGUAGUUCUUUCUACUCCAAGAUUUCAAAAGUGCAUUUAAAAUCUCAAACGUCCCCACCUUCAAAUAUAUUGUUAUUUUGGUGGAGAAAAAAAUAGUAUAUUCUACAUAGAAAAUAUUAAAGAUAUUAACUGAGAGAAAUGUCCUACUUUAUUAUUAUAAUGUUCAGACAUCUUAAGAUUUAUUAUUUUUUUGGAAAGUAUAUUUAACCAUUGAAAAAUAUUUGCAAUAUAUAUCAGAAAUCUUCAUAGACUCUAACUAGAUGGAAAAAUAACUAUUUAUUUGUCUUCCUAGUCUUCAUUGAGAAUUCUGUGCUUAAAACAUGAAUGACUGAAACCCAAACUUUGUCUUAUACUUGUAAUUUUGAAGAUUUCAUGGAGAAUACUCGAAAAAUCUAGGGGAAAAGUUUAAACUUAAAAUUUAAAAAAUAUAUAUUUAUAUUUAAAAGGAAGGCAAAGGUGAACUUACAAUUUGACAUUUAUUUCUAGUGUUAUUUAUUUCAUAACUUAUAAUUUAUAUUUAAUAUAUAUGCAUAUAUACUUUUUUCUCUGUACAUAAGUUUUAAUAGCAUCUUUCAGAACUGACCAUACAAAAAUAUGCAUCUGAAUUACAAAAUAGUUAAACAAUUUCCCUCAAAAAAAAAAAAAUUGUAUUGAUUAUCCACCUACUCAAGUUAACAGAAUUGGGGCUCAGCCUUCAAUGUUUGGGUGGUAAUAUAUUUUGGAAAUGAAGAAAUUGGAACACCUGGUUCUAACUUGAUCAUCAUCAUUAAAAACAAAAACACUCCAGGCCGUACUGGUCAUGUGCUGAGCCAGGUACCACACAGACAUCGCAGCCUGGAGGUGCAUAUAUUUCACCUUCUCAGGCCAGUAAAAAAGCCUUCUACUUACCACCCAAGAUCAGGAAGUACUGCCCCCAUAUGUUAUUCUUUUGUCAAGGUAAGUCUAAAUAAGUGGAAGUAAACUUCUUUGGGGAUGAAGGGGAGGAUGUUAUAAAUGCAAAUGAUGACAGAUUUUAAAUUAGCAUGUAUCUUUUUGUGCAUAUCAGUAAUCUGAUAAUGUAUAAAUUACCAUUAUAACCUUCUGUUUCUAAUGGUCUUUUAGUGUUACACGGCAUAAAUUUAUCUUUAAAAAUAUCUUAAAAAGGUUUUUCUCCCCCCUACCCCAAUAUAAUAUUUCUGUAGUCCUUAGGCCAAAAAGCAUAUGACUAAAUUUAUUGCAACAUAACUUCUCAUCCCCAAAUUGAAAACAGGAAGUCUCUAGUAUCUAGGACUUUACCACAACUUUUCAGGAUAGUGUGUAACCAAAACUCAUGCUUAGAAAGUUAAUGGAAAAGAUUGUACCCCAAAUUUUGAAGUAAUCGUGCCUUAUUUAAAGGCCCACUAAAGGUAUGAGUACACAUUUGUUGGGGUAAUUUAAAGGCAAUUAAAGUCUGAAAAUUUCUGAGGGAAAAGGGUCACAUGGCCUUCAGGAGAUUUUCUCUGCUGCUUUUCAUGUUCUCUGUCCCCCAGUCCCUCUUUCUCUUAUUCUCUGAUUCAUCUGUCUGCACACACCUGCCUCUCCUUGGACAUUAAAACCUAGCACUGUUCAAAGGGGUAGGGAGGGAAAGUAAGCAUUGUUUAUUCAGUCAUAUAUUUUUAUCCUUCACUGAAAUGUAGCCAGUGAAAUAGUUUUCUCAGUUGAAAUGGUGCCUAUAAGAAAUUAAAUCACAUUAUUUUUCAAAGAUGUUAAGUGUAUCUUGCAACAUUUCAUUUGGUCCCUAUAACGUGAAAUAAUAAGUGGAAUUCAUCCUUAUCAGAAUAACAGUGGAGAGCCCUGGCUAGUCAAGGAGAUGGCUCUGGUUUGCCCUUAAUGAAGGCAUGCUUGGCCUGUGAAUUGAGAGCCCUUUCUGAAGUGGGGGAGCAGAGCUGGCUUAGUGAGUGUGCCGUCCAUGUUGUCUCAAGGGUCCGACACUAAGAAGCAUCCUCUCUUGGUUGAAUUCUCUGCUUAAAGUUCUUAAUUACUUUUAAACAGUAGACCCCUUGAUUUCAUUUUGCACUGGUCCCAGAAUUAGGCAGCAAGUCCUGGGCAGGAAGGAAGGACAAGACAGGAGUUGCUUUGGCCUGGCUGGACACUUGAUCUAAUAUUCAGUUUCCUUUGUGACUUUGUUACUCUGAGCACUAUUUGUUAUUCUUUUCUCGGCUACAUUAAGAAUUCUCCAUGCACAUUCCCUCCUCUAGGCUGAGUCUUUCUGACCUGUUCUUCAGUUCUCCCUAGAACCAGUUCUUCUCAUCUUCAAAAUCCACACAAAUGGCAAUUCUUUAACAUGCCCUUUGACAGAGAAGAAUGAGGUGAGAAUCGCUUAAGUAGCUUAUUUUAGCCUUAUGAAUUAUUCAAGAUUUUGAAAAUGAUUCAAGCAUUUUUUUAUUUAUUAAUAGCAUUCAUAAAAAUAUGAUGUAGUCAUGUAACAUAGGUGCUUAAAACCAAAGAUGCAGAUACCUUGGAAGAAAUCAAAUUUUUAGGGAAUCCUGAGAUAUGGUCUUUUGGGUUUAUUUAUUUUGAAGCCUAUUACAAAAUGAGGAGGAUUAGCGCCAUGUAAAUUCCAACUCCCUAUAAUACUUCACAACCCUUAGAAUAAGCUUGUGAAAUUUACUAUAGGUGGGUAUCUCAUCUGAUGCAAAUUUUGCAGUAUUUGUGCAGCUAAUUGUCAGCCAGACCAAAUGAGAAAAUACAAACCAUCCCAUACAAGCUGACCCGCAGGAACUAUAAUUUGAGAGGGACUAAAAAGCAAGUGUGUGGUUUCUUAAGGUCUCCAUUAGACGUUUCAGAUGCCUCAGUUGCAGAGCUGCACUCCGCUCAUUGUGAGAUGUGUCCCCUCACACUCAGUGGCUCUCAGCACUGGUUUCCCUUAGUCAACAACUGAAAACCUUUCAAAAUCUUUAUUAUCUGGCUGAAGGGUGGUGAUUCCAACAGCACUGAGGCUACAGACACUGCAGGCCUGACAACUUUAAUGGGAGUUUAUGAUUUUUUUUCAAACAGAUAUAAUCUUUCGAAUUUUUACUUUUUAACUACUAGACUAAAACAAAGCAAAGAAUUCUAAAGAAUAAUUUAUGGCACAAUUGGUUGGUUAAGGACAUCUCAUUCCAAGAUUAACAAACAAGUGUCAGGGUGGGAUGGUUUUGCACUUGUGGAAACUGGACUGUAAUUUGGCCUUAUGCUUACAGAAUUUGUGUUCUCAGAUGGAGAUGAGUUGCCUUGCCAUUUGAAAGCACCAGAUAAGAUGCUCAGUAUAUAAAAGUGAUAUUAUAUAACUCAUAGGUGGUAUAGAGUGUCUUAGAGUUUGGGCCUACAUGACUCUGUCUGGCCCAUACAUGAAAACCUUUGUUAAUCAAUUCUCAAUGUAUUUAUUAGAAUCAAUUUUAAAAAAAAUACAUAAAAACUUUUACUUUGACUUCAUGGUGGAUUCAACCUUAGAAUAAUUAAGUUUAUAGGAUGUUAGUAAUGGCAUUCAAAGCAAAUACAGCUAGAAGUAGUUUGUUUUGUUUGUGGUGUAUUUUAUUUCCUGAUCUCCAAAUUAUUUUUAUUUGAUUAUAUGAUGGUAUCUCCCAAAUACAGAAAAACUUUUCUAAAUGGCAUCUUUUAGCAUUUUAUUUUCAGUACUGAGGCUGAGGAUUGAACCCAGGACCAUGUGCAUGGAAGGCAAGUGUUUUACCACUAAGCCACAUCCCCAGUCCUUUUUGUUUUUUUGUUUUUGUUUGUUUGUUUAAAUUUUGAAACAGGAUCUUGCUAAGUUACCUAGGCUGGCCUCAAACUUACCUUAGCUUUCUGAGUAGCUGGGAUUACAGGUGUGCACCACCCUGCCAUCUAGUAUUUUUGUUUUUAUGAGCUCUUUUCUCUAAAGAGAUAAAAUAACUACAGUCAAAAGCAUGGUUUAAUACCAAUCAAAGCAGCAAAACAGAAUUGUUAAGAUAUUUAUAGGAAUCGAAUGGUUCAUAUUAAAAUGUUCCAUUUUUAUCACCAAGCAUCCUUUCAACUAAAACUUCUGGGGGAAAAAACUGGACAUGCACCUCAUAAAAUCAGCACCCAUACAAUACAUGCUCAUUAUCAGUUUGUAAGUUUAGACCACCAGUUGCCCCUGGUGAUGUCUAUAUCCAGAAAUCCAGGGUUUUCUUCACAUUGUCAGUGGUGCACAUGGUGUAUAUUUGUAUCAUGUCUGGUAUUUCCAAUGUGUGCAAUGUCCUUUAGGGAUUUCUUAUCUUGCUGAUCUGUAGGAGGUUUGCACUAGUCCAAACUUCAAGACAUCUGAAUUCUAGUCAUAGCUUUGCCACCAAGGAACCACCUCACCUAGGGCAUGUUAGCCACUGUCCUAGUCAAAUUAUCACCCAUGGAGGACUGGUCAGUCUCAUGAUUCCGGUAAGCUCUAUGAGCCUCUGAAUGGUACUCUUGAAUUGAUUUGAAAAGCACUAUGCACCUGACUAGAAGACCAAUGGAUGUUGCUUUUUUUAAAUGAAUCUUAAGAUAAUGAUGAUCACUGCAUCACAACACAAAAAACCCAAAAAGUGACUAAAUUUCCUAAGUGCUUUAACAUGACAGAGGUAAUUACUCUUCUUUUGCAGUCUGCACUUAAAAAUUCUUAUAGUGAUUUUGCUUUUUACUUUCAGGGGGAAAGAGAUAAAACUUUCUCCUAAGGAAGUGGAAUAUGUUUAGAAGACAUGACUUGGUUUGAUAAUAUGGAAAUCAUUGGAUUUGCGGUGACUCAUAUGGAUCCCUCCUUUGGUCAGGAGGAAAUGAAUUACAUCAUGUUCUUUGCUCAUAUGCUUUUUAGUUCCUAUUUUGAUCAUUUGUAUAUAAAUGUACCUUUUAGUUGCUUUUGCUGUACCAGUUAGAAAUAUAUCUCCCAUAAAGUAUUUCUCCUACUAACUCUGAUAUGUAUACUUUGCCUAGGUUUUUCCAAAGUAAAAUAUAUGUAAAUGUCUAUUUUGUAUAAAAUAUGAUGAAAAUAAUUAUGUCUGGCUUCAAUCUCUCAAGUAUUCCGUGGUUAAUUCCCAUUGAUAUCCUUAUCACCAGCACAUAUGUGUUUUAGAAAUAAAAAAAAUAAAGUCUUCA